AUGGCCUUUCAACAGCGACUGCGCGGCCGACAGGCACAUGCCCCCGGCCCCACCUUUCUUACAUACACACCGAACGGGAAGAAGCUGGUAACAGCCGGGGUUGACAACUACUGCCGUGUCUUCACUACAGGAUCCGACGAUGAACCCGUUACCGUGGAUGACUGUCAAGAGAAUAAUACGGCCGUGGUUGCUGGCGACGGCUUCUUCAUAACGGGUUCCGAAGACGGCACAGUGAGCAAGUACUCACUUGAGAAUGGCAAAUUCGAGGAGAUACUGGUCAGGUCUACCUUACCUGUCCGAGAUGUAGCACUCAGUCCGAAUGGAAACUGGAUUGCGGUCGCAAGCGAUGAACUUGUCGUAAGCGUAGUAAAUACCAAAGACAUGACCCAGAUACGAACGCUGCGCGAUCAGCCUCGAGCCGUAAAACACGUUUCCUUCGACAAGACUGGAGACCAAUUAGCCGUAUCCUGCACCGAUGGCAAUAUCUACAUGUAUACACUGGAUGGGGAUGAGCCUGAGAUGGUCAAGAAGGUAGAUGGGAUGAUUAAGAGCCUGGAAGCAGACGCAGAGGCGAGCUCGAAAGUCCUGUGGCAUCCUGACGGGCGAGCAUUCGCUUCACCGACUGCGCUCCGUGAGGUGCAAGUCAUGUCGACCAGUGACUGGGAGCGCCAGAGGAAAGUCAAAACCGAGCAUUCUGCAGACAUUACCGCGGCAGCGUGGUCGCCCAAUGGUGCUCUUCUUGCAACAACGUCUAGCGAUCUCAGCCUCUGCCUUUGGGAUGCUAAGACCCAGAAACUGUUGAAGAAGUAUGACGACAUGAAAGCAACUAUCCUGGCUAUGACAUGGCAUCCAUCGGAGAACAUUCUUUCCUACACCAACAACGAGGGCGAACUGUUCAUCCAUACCGACUUUGUACCCGAGGAGCAUUUUUCAAUACUCCAAAAGUCAACUGUAUCUGCCCCUUUCUUCCACGACCCAUCAGAGGGUCGGGCUGGUGUACCUGCACCACAAACACUCGCAAAUGGGACGAAACAAAUCCUCCCUGGGCGACCACGGCAAAGGGACGGCACUCCGGAUUCUUUGGACGACCUGCUUGGCCCUGAGUUUGAAGAUAAUGAGGUAGAGAACGAUGGAGACGAGGAGAUGCAAGACUUUGUCAUCGACGACGACGGUGCCGGCUACGCUCCUACCAACAUCAAUGGCUACAAAAAACGCACCAAUGGCCACCUCACCAACGGAGUUGAGCCUGCUUCAAAACGACGUGCCUACAGCUCUGCUCCCUUCAAGCCGCAAGUCCACGAACCCUUUCAACCUGGCAGUACACCUUGGCGAGGAGAGCGUCGGUUGCUUUGCUGCUCGCUGACUGGAUACGUCGAGACGGUUUCGCAAGAGGGCAGGCACCAUACCGUGAGCGUCAAGUUUUACGACGAGCACACAUUCCGCAACUUCCACUUUACCGAUAUCUUCCUCUACGACAAAGCAUGCCUCAACGAAAACGGUACGUUAUUUGCGUGUCAACCAAACAGCAUCGGCGAUGGGGGCCCAGCGAUGAUAUACUACCGUCCGCACGAAACUUGGACUACAAGGACGGAUUGGCGAACGAAUCUUCCCGCCGGAGAAUCUGUUACUGCUAUUGCGCUGUCGGAUUCUUACAUUUGCGUCACGACGUCGGCAAACUAUGUGAGGGUUUACUCCCUUUUCGGCCUGCCCGUCCGGGUGUACCGCCAGAAGAGCUCGCCAGCAGUGACUUGUGCGGCAUGGCGCGACUACAUCCUUACCAUUGGCAACGGGCCUAUGCAAUCUGACCUGUCGACGCAAUUGCUCUACACAAUCGAGAAUAUCAAACACGACAUCGUGUACCAGGACUCGGACAUCCUCGCUUUACCACCUAAUACUACGCUGAUGUCGGUGUUCUUCAGCUCGGAGGGCGACCCAUAUAUUUAUGACUCCUCAGGCGUUCUGUUGACACUGCUUGGGUGGAGGAGUAGUGGGCAAGCACGCUGGGUCCCCAUGCUAGAUACCAAGUGCCUCAGCCGUCUCGCAAGCGGCGGCAAAGAAGAAUCGUACUGGCCUGUUGGCGUUGCAGCUUCCGAUGAGUCGAGCGUAAAAUUCCACUGCAUGAUCAUCAAAGGCAAGGAGAUUUACCCCAGUGCGCCCGUGCCACACUUGAGCGAGUUUGGCUUCGAAAUACCGCUGUCUAGUGCUGUGGAUAAAAAGAAAAACGUUCGAGUACGCGAUGGGGAGGAUUUGGACGACGACGACGAGGAUGAUGAUGAGAGUGGAAAAAAGAAGAAGAAGAAGGAAGAGACCAAACAGCAAGAGCAUGAACAGGCAUUCAUUCUGUCGUCGACACUAUAUUCUCAACUCCAGUCUACGCUAUCGCAUACACGCCCUACCUCUGGUCAAAAACAAGCUCUAACAACACUCGAAGUCGCCAUCGAUCGCGCCUUGCUCCAGUUGCUAGGCCUCGAGUGUCUGGCCGGCGAAGAUCAUGGCAUGAAGGCCUUGGAAAUUGUGUCUCUGAUGCGAGAUGGAAAUGGAAAGAUGCUCGAUUUGGCGGGUAAGGUUGCAUCUAGAUACGGACGUGAGAUCUUGGGCGACAAGAUACGAGAUCUGGCUGAGCGUAAAGCUAUUGCGAGGGAUAGUAAUGAAAUGGACGACGAGUAUGCAUGA